CCCCAGUACUGCCAAAGCAAACAAAAACUGUUCUUUGAUCAUCUUGAGUUUUCUACAUCAGUAAUCUGUAGUACAGGUGGUCCCCAACUUGUGAUAGUUUGAUUUAGGAUUUUUACUUUUUCGUGGUUCAAAAGUGAUAGGCAUUCAGUAGGAACCAUACUUGGAAUUUUGAAUUUGGAUCUUUUCCUGGGCUCUUGAUGUUUGUUUGGACCUCUGACAGUCCUGGGCAGCAACAUCAAGCCACAGCUUCCAGUCAGAUCACAAGGGGAACAGCAUGCUGUGUGGUGUGCUGUGUGUGUGUGUGUGUUGUUUUUUUAAAUUAGGAUAUAUUCAUUAUAACGGGUGUGGGGUGCUGUGUUUUGUGUGUGCUAGGAUGUUCAGCAGGUCAGAGGUAUGUGGUACAUUUUCACUUAAGGUGUUUUCAGCAGGUGAUGUAAUUCCAUCGUAAGUUGAGGAGCUACUCUGGCAUCUAUUCUGAUUACUGCUGUUAAGAAUGACCUGUGUUAAGAUUGUACAAGAUGUGGCCUUUUCAGAUGGGCUUCUUUCACUUAGUAGCAUGUAUACUCCCUGAGUGCCCAGAGGAGGCCCCAGGCUUCCUCCUGGAAUGUGACAGCUCCACGCUGGAUGCCCUGCAAAAGCACCUUGCACUGUACAAGAUCCGUCGGAAGGUCAUGGUGGAGCCACAUCCAGAGCUCCACGUGUGGGCUGUGCUGCCCAGCACCCCCCAGGCCCCUGAGGCUGUGCCGCUGCAGGAGAGGGUGGGAGCCACUGCCAUCCUCACCCGUGACCCCCGAACUUCACACAUGGGGUGGCGGCUUCUUACCCAGGACCAUGGCCCUGCCCUGGUGCCUGGAGGCCAACUUGGGGACCUCCAGGAUUAUCAUACGCAUCGAUACCAGCAAGGCAUCCCUGAGGGGGUCCAUGACCUGCCCCCAGGAUUGGCCCUUCCGUUGGAGUCCAACUUGGCUUUUAUGAAUGGUGUGAGCUUCACCAAGGGUUGCUACAUUGGCCAGGAGCUGACGGCCCGCACUCACCACAUGGGUGUCAUUCGCAAGCGCCUCUUCCCUGUACGACUCAAGGGUUGCCUCCCUACCAGUGGCAUUGGUCUUGGCACCUUGGUGCUGACCACAACAGGACAGGUGGCUGGCAAGUUUAGGGCUGGCCAGGGGGAUGUGGGACUGGCCCUGCUGCGGUCAGACACAAUCAAGGGUCCUCUCCACAUCAGGAUCUCUGAGAACCAUCAGGUGGCUGUAACAGCCUCAGUACCAGACUGGUGGCCCAUAGCCACCAAGUAGCCCUGGAUGCCCUGGACUUCUGCUGGCCUUAGAGUUAUUGGGGUGCCUUGAUUUAUCUGCUGUGCCUUGCUUGGUAUGAGCCCCCUUCCCAUGGUGGCCCCAUGAACACACCCACAUGGGAAAGUCUCUGUGUCUUAGGCUGCAGGUGUGCUUGCCACCACUGAUACUUCUUUUGGAAGACUGUGGGCUGUUCUGUGACUGGGGACAGCAGGAACUCUUUUGAGGUCCUUUUGGGAAGGACCUGAGCCCACCUGUGUGGGCACUGAGCCCCCCACUUGGACCAGACUCCAAAUGGGUCUGUGGGUCAAGGACAGGAUGACAUUUGUGUCAGCCCUGGUAGCUCCCCAGACUUUGCCCUCCACUUGGGAGGUGGCCUGUGUGCCUGCUGAGUUGGUGGGUCAGAGGAGAUGGGCUUUGUGAAUCAUAGUACCAUGCUCUCUUUGAAAUACAUCUCAGGGUGGAAGUUUGUAGGUUGGAGAUGUUGGAUACCUUGGGACAGAGACAUCUGCAUGGUAAGGAACACUGACUGAACACCUGACUGAACCCUUUGCUAGAGCACCUCUGUGGCUUAUGAUGAGCCACUAGUCAUUUCACACUGCAGUGUCUGCAAAGGUGCCCACAGCAUACAGUUCUCCAACUCUUUCUUCCUCUGGAGGUCCUCAGGAGAGGUAGAGCCCAGGCUUGGGUCCCAGUUGCAGGGGCUUCUGUUUGAGUUGUGUUUUUGCUGGUUUGGGAUGUUUACCACUUGUUUUCAUUAAGGGAGUGACUUGCUGGCCAAUGGUGGUAUCACCCCCCUCCCCUUUGAGCCACCAACUUCCUUUCUUUUGUUAUAAUGGGAACUUAUUGCACCAGGGGUCUCAUCCCAAGGCCCAGAGGGGGUAUUAAAGUGUGACUUACAAGCAUCCUCUUCAGAACUCUGGUUUCAUUUCAGGUAGAUGGAAGCUGGGACUUGGUUUGGGGUUUGAUAGACCAGACACAUGGAACAGCCAUCUGGAAAACAGCAAACAUACCAGAUAAAAUCAGUCUCAGUGGAGUUUUGCAGGCAUUGCUAGACCAACAAGAAGGAGUGAGGUCCCAGGGUCUAGGCACAGCAAGUGGACCCCCAGACCUCAGGGCUGGGGGGUAGGUGGCUCUGAGCUGUCGUCUGCAGGAGCAGGCACAGGGGCCAACAAGCUGGGACCACCAAGACUGGGGCAAGGAGGGAUCCUGUGUAGCCAUCCUGUAGCCUUGAAGGGCACCUGGGUUGGAAUCCCAAUGUAUUCUGAAGUGCAGUUUUCAGUGGCCUGGGGAGACCAGACAGAGGAAGAAGAGACAGGAGGCUGGUCAUCAGCUGGAGUGGACUGGUAAGUUGGGGGUAAGGACCCAACUGGCCCAACAAGCCCAGAGGGACUCCACUUUAGGCAGGACCUGGGUGCCUUGAUCCACCCUGUCCAUCCCUGCCCCUCCAGACAGUGCUGAGUGGGUGGUCAGUGCAGGGAACUGGAGGUGUGGGCAGGCUAGAUGCCUCUGAAGGGGAGCAGCAGGACUCCUUUUGGGGCACACAAUUAAAGGCUGUGCAGGCCCCAGCAUUCCCUGUCUACCCUGCCCCAGGGUGGGGUGGCUAGAACCACAACAGCUCCUGUCUGUUACAGCUUUGCCUCUGGCUCACUGUUUCCACUCUGAAGAAAUAUACACAUCGGUGUUACUGGACAUUGGGGUGAAGGAGGGGACCUUCUGGUAGGAGUGGCUUGUACUCUGGAAGCCUUCUGUGGCAAGUGCCUGAGCCCUACAGAGGACAUGUUAUGACACCUAUCAUUGCCUUGCUGCUCCCAUCAGCUUUUUAGUUGAGACAUCUGAUUGGGAUUUGAGGCCAGUUUCCUCCUGAGUUGCAGCGAGUCAUGUAACUGAAGUCUGACCUAAGUUGGAUAUGCCCUUGGAAUGAGACUUAACCUGAACUUAGACACCCUUUGUGUCCCUCAUUGGUGGGGCGAGUGUCUAUCAAACCUCCCAGCUUUUGGCAGGAGCCUGGCAGAGGUGGUUCUGAAGGCAGGGCCCUAGAGUUAGGAGAGAAAAGGAAGUCCAAGGGGUGUGAUGCUAUUUUGGGGGCUGAGGCACUGCUGCCUUCCUGUGUUGUGUCCCUGAAGCCUUCGGGCUCUCCAGGUAUUGGGAUCUCAACAUGUUUUGUUCACAUUGAACAGGUACAUAUUUGCUGCAGUCUAUCUCAGUGGUUUAAAAAGCAAAAUGCCAUGCAAUAA